UUAGUGGAGCCGGCACUUUCAAAAGGGAACAAUUGCUUGGAUGCAGCAAAAGCCUGUAACUUGAAUGAUACCUGCAAGAGAUUCAGAUCUGCUUACAUAACCCCCUGCACCAGCAGCACGUCUAAUGAAAUCUGUAACAAGCGGAAGUGUCAUAAAGCCCUCCGGCUAUUUUUCGACAAAGUCCCCCCAAAGCACAGCUAUGGGAUGCUCUUCUGCUCCUGUCGAGACAUAGCCUGUACAGAAAGGAGACGGCAGACUAUUGUUCCUGUGUGUUCAUAUGAGGACAAGGAGAAACUAAACUGCUUGGAUUUACAAGAAUCCUGCAAGAAGAAUUACAUCUGCAGAUCUCGCCUUGCAGAUUUUUUCACAAACUGCCAGCCUGAGUCACGGUCUAUUAGUAGCUGUCUGAAGGAAAACUAUGCCGACUGCCUCCUCGCUUACUCGGGGCUUAUAGGCACAGUAAUGACACCAAACUACAUAGACUCCAAUAGUCUCAGCGUUGCCCCGUGGUGUGACUGCAGCAACAGUGGUAACAACAUAGAAGAAUGCCUGAAAUUUCUGAAUUUCUUCCAGGAUAAUACAUGCCUUAAAAAUGCAAUUCAGGCCUUUGGUAAUGGUACGGAUGUAAACGUGUGGCAGCCCAUCCUACCAGUACAGACCACCACAGCGACAACUACAACAGCCUCCAAACACAGGACUGUGGGUUCAGAGACCACCAACAAUGAAAUACCCACCCACAAUGAUUUGCCAGCAUGUGCAAAUCUGCAGGUACAGAAGCAAAAAUCCAAUGUAUCUGUCGAUACCGACCUCUGUUACGAGAACGCUAUUGGGAAAGACAACACAGCAGGAGUCUCCACCAGUCACAUAUCUGCAGAGAAUUCAUUCGCCCUCCCUAGAAGCGUCAAUCUAAGCACACUGCUUAUUCUGAUGACAAUCGCACUCUCUCUCUGUUUGGUCUUAAGUUCGUCAGAAACCUUGUAGCUGCAUAACUAAAGGACAUGUUUAAACAAAAAAAAUCUGUUCCCUGUCCUCUGUUGUUUAUCUGAAAUUCCAGUUCUACGAGCUAAGUUGAGGCACUCUGCUCAAACAGUUUCAUUCAACUGGAAUUGUUUCAAAUAGCUUCUGGUGAUAUUUAGAGGCUCGGUGAAAUACUCGAGGCAGCGCUACAUUCCAAACCCAAAAGGCUUUUGGGCAUGCGGUGUUUUAAAGAGACGGUAUGUAAAUUUGCCUGUAAAGCAACCUGUUUGGAUUAUUUUUAAUUAUUAUUAUUAUUAUUUUUUUUAUUCUGGCCUUUACCUGCGAAGGAAGAUGGCGGUUUUUCUUAAGAUACUAUUGAUCUCAUUUAACGGUUUGGGUUUUCGAAUGAAAUGAACUUCAGACUAACAAGGAUGCCAGGCUUUUCUCACAUGGUGAAUGUUCUCCCAGAGUGUGGACUUUCUGAAACUUCUUCCUUCGAUAGAUUGCUACCGAUGUUUAACUCUUUCAGUGUAUUAGCAUUCUCCUUCUUAAAUGUUUAUGUACUGUAAGUGGUUCUGCAUUCCCUGCUGAGAAGCCAUUAUGAGUCGCAGACAGGUGUAAUGUAUGUCUUUCAGUUUAAAAUCUCAUAAAACAGUGUGUGGUAUAAAACUUUCUAACAGUACUUUUAUCUUUUAAUUAAAAUCAUUUAGCCUUAAUAAGGGGGAAGAUUAACAAGAAGCAACCAUUGUGAAGGCAUCGUAACGCUAAACUUCUUUAAAUCUGAGGAUGAACAUAGACAUUUUGCGAAAGGGUUUCAACUGUACAACUGUUGGUCUUCUAUGCUUCUAUUGUAAUAAUAUAGUCCGGGUACCUUACUGUUGGUUUAAUAAAUGACAUAUGAUUUA